UAGCGAAUCGUCAAUGUAUAAGCAAACAUUAGUAAAUUUUUGUCAUCAGGGUUAGGUGUGCCAAUAUUAUGCUUCUAAAACUUGUUGAAAAUAUUCUUACAAAUGAAACUGAAGAUGUCUUGAAAUCAAACUAAGCAAAAUGACUGAGCAAAUGGAGGGUACGGAGAAGAAAGAACCAUUCAACUUGGACGGCAUCCUGAAUGAAAUUGGAAGUUUUGGCAGAUACCAAAUAAUACUUAUCACCCUGCUGUGCUUGCGAGAUUCCUUUCUCUACAUGUGCAGUCUUAACUUCGUCUUUGCAGCCGCUGAUGUGUCUUUUAGAUGUAAUGAUAAUAUUAUAUCGACGAGCAGUAAUGGUACUUUAUCAAGCGAUUCUGUCUGCCCUUGCCAGGAUAUCGUGUACGAUAGUUAUGAUAGCAUUGUAGCGGAGUUCAAUCUAGGAUGUGAUCCAUGGAAACAAACGUUGAUUGGAACCGUCCAUAACGCUGGACUAAUGCUAUCAAUAAUAGUUACUGGAUAUUUAUCUGACAGAUACGGGAGGAAGAACAUGGUUAUAUUCAGUACUUUGACCGUAGCCAUCCCUGGCCUACUCAAGACUUUCGUCUACAACUACUGGCUGCUUCUAUUUUUUGAGUUACUUGAAUCUGCUCUGGGUUAUAGCAACUCGUCUAUAGUAUUGUCAUUAGAAACAGUGAGCGAGAAAAAGCGAGUAAAGUUUCUGUGCGUGACUGACAUCGUGAGUACCUUGGGCGGAUCGCUUUUCGGUGUCAUUUCGUGGAAAGUUCCCUAUUGGAGACACAUGCUGAUGAUAAUUUAUGCGCCUCUCUUGGCUGUGGUAUUUUACCAAUACAUUAUGGAUGAAGGGGUUAGAUGGCUGUUAUCACAAAAUAGAAAUGAAGAGGCAGUUGAUAUAUUGAAGAAAGUAGCAACAAUUAAUAAUGUAACCCUGUCUAAUGCAAGCGUUGAAUCGCUGCAUACAAUAGCUAAGGAAUCUAUAGAUCAAUCAAAUUACAAGGUACAAUCAUCUGUAGAAAAAACACCAAUAAUAUCAGCACUAAAAUCAAAGAAGAUACUUCUACGUAUAUGCCUCAUAGCAGCUUGUCUGUUCUGUUGCAUGUUCGUUAACAUGGGCACGUCUAUAUACGCCGUCAAUAUCAACGGCAACAAGUACGUCAACUUCACAGCAGUGAUGCUCGCGUCUAUACCGACGAGAAUCGUUACUGCAUUCACUCUGGACAAGUUUGGGAGGAGAGCACCUAUUUGUGUGGCAUAUGGUCUCUCUGUUGUGACGUUUGUUGCGUCUGUGUUUGUGUCGAAAUCCAUCUGGUGGGCGUCCCUCGUCCUUUAUUUACUAGGCAAGAUGUGCAGUAGCUACGGGAUAUUCGCAGUGUGCGUGGUCGCCAUGGAGAUAUUCCCGACCACUUCACGCAACAGCCUCACCAACAUCGCCAUGUCAUUUGGUCGACUUGGCUCAGUAUUGUCGCCCCAGGCUCCACUAUUGGAGAAAUACAUGCCUGGACUUCCAUGUGUCGUGUUUGGAUUAGCAGCCGUCGGACCAGUAGUCCUGGCAUUCUCUUUACCGGAAACCACCCAUCAGCAACUACCGCAACAAAUUAAAGACGCUGAAAAUAUUGACAAGAAUAAUGUAAAACAAUCUGUAUCGGCUUAGGAAUUUUUAAUAUUGACAUCGUCAAAUUUUCUAAAACAAAGGCUCUUGAUUAUAUUAUGAGUAAUUAAGUAAUUGUUCAUUGUUUAUCAAAUAUAAUUUCUCUUCUUCCAUUCAUUCUAAAUCGAGUAAGAGACCUAAUCAAGAUAUUAACGAUUGGUGACAUUGGCCCAUAAAAUGCUCUUACAAAGAUCUAACUGCCGAUUUGUUUCAGUAUAUGUACUCAAACGGAGAAUCUCUUAUGUGUUAAGGUGUUAAGUUAAGCUCGACAUGUCCUAAUAGAUUUUUAAGGAAGCUUACGUUAUUUACCUUGUUAAUGUAAUCUACGAAAUAUAAAUGGUUAUCUAUUCAAUAAAACCAGAUGUAUAUCACUUA